UGCCAAGCGGAAUCCAGCAGUGCUGCUGCUUCCUGUUUCCGGUGUCCCCGCCCUCAGUCAGCUGUCUUCGGUUGUUUGCAAACAGUUCCGUCCUCCUGCUCCAUCCAUGGUCUCUGCUGCUGCUGCUGCUGCUGCUGCUCUAGUGUCCUCUUUGGUCCUGUAGCGUCUCCACCAUGGAGGACACCGAGGAGGGAGACAUCGUGGAGCAUCAGGAGGAGGAGGAGGAGAUGAUGGAGAAGAGGAAGAAGAUCUCCAGGAGUCACGAAGCCUCCUCCUCCUCCUUCAUGGAGAGCAUCACUCCGUCAGACAGAGAGGACAGAGAGGACAGAAGAGAGACACACAGAGACAACCACAGCGGAACUCAGUCCUCCCACCGGCUGCUGGCCUACAGCGAUGCGCUCAUCUCCAUCAUCGCCACCGUCAUGAUAUUACCCGUCGCCCACACCAAGGUGGAAGAUAAUGAGGAGUUGAGGGAGAGCGUUCAGCUUCUGCUGAGUACAAAGAUCGCUGUUUACCUGAUGACAUUCAUGAUUGUGACUGUUGCCUGGGGCGCUCACAUCAGGUUAUUUCAAGUAAUCGUACGCAUUGAUGAUUGCCUCGCACUGCUGAACCUCGCGUGCAUGAUGCUGAUAACCUUUCUACCGUACACGUUCUCUCUGAUGGCGGCCUUCCCCGAGAACAUCCUCGGCAUUUUACUCUUCUGUAGUUGUGUGAUGGUGAUGGGCGUCAUUCAGUCGGUGAUCGUGCUGUACGCCUUCAGCCGUCCCUUCCUGCUGAACGAGCAGAUCCAGAUCUCCGAGAACCAGACCUUCUACAAACACCACAUCCUCAAAGUCAUCAUGCGGGUUCCCCUCAUGUGCUUCUUCGCCAGCAUCUUCUCCUUCAUCUUCUUCCAGAUGUCUUACGUGCUGCUGGCGAUCGUCAUCUUCCUGCCGUACAUCUCCCGCUGUUUGAAGUGGUGCCGCAGCAAAGCAAUUGGUCCGGUGCCAGAGUCUCCAGACUCCAUGUUGUUUUACACCUACCUGCCUAACGAGCCCCUCAGCAAGGACCGAGUGGAGGCGUUCAGCGACGGAGUUUACGCCAUCGUAGCGACGCUUCUCAUCCUGGACAUAUGCGAGGACAACGUCCCAGACCCGACCGUUGUGCAGAAGCAGUUUGGCGGGAGCCUGGUCGCGGCUCUGCGUGUCUACGGCCCCGAGUACCUCGCCUACUUCGGCUCCUUCGCCACCGUCGGCCUCCUCUGGUUUGUGCACCACUCGCUCUUCCUCCACGUCACCAAGACGACGCGCUUCAUGGGCCUCCUGAACACCUUCUCGCUGGCGUUCGUCGGCGGUCUGCCUUUAGCCUACCAGCUAACGCACGAAUUCCCGCGCAACUCUCGCAACGAACUUGAAGCCAUUCAGAUCAGCUGCGUGAUCAUUUUCUUCGCGGGUAUAUUUCAGCUCGCCAUCUGGGUGGUCGCUCUUUACAACGAACGGGAAACGCUGCACCCUUACGUACGAUAUGGCGGACGCGAGCACAUAUUCAUGUUAGCUAAGUUGUCUCUGUACCCCUGCAUAGCUCUGGGGACGUUUUUCCUCACAUGUAUUUUGAGUAGAUUCAGCUCCUCGAUCUUCCACCUGAUGGAGAUCACCGUGCCUUUUGCUUUUCUUGUGUUGAGGCUGUUGGUGCGCGUCAUAAUAGGGUUGCUACGGCUAAUUUUCUGUCCUGAUAGACCCGACGAGAGGGGCAUCGUAGAGGAGGAAGAUGACGAGUCGAGAGUACCGUUCAACGCUUUAGUUACCUAGCUAGCUAGGUAACUUAAAGGGAAGUGGCCACAGUAAAUAAUAAGAAGCUGACUGACAGAGCAGCGAGGCAUUGUUACUAAAAUGCUUGUUCUCUGAAAGAGUUACUGAAAGAAGUUGAACUGGGAAUCACAUGGAGGAGGAGAUGGUUCAACAUUUAAACUGGUUUGAAUGUUGAGAAGGAAAAUGGGAUUAGAUGUGACGUGUUGAAGGUGAAGUAUGGAAGUAGAGUAGUGACAGCAGGAUACUGACAGCCAAAGCCUAUCCAUUCAUUUACGUUUUUUUAAACGAUAACUUGAAGAAUAAACUAAUGCUAGUUUUGAUUAGCCAAUAAUCAACAAUCAUCUUUCAAAAGCUUUGAAAUGACCCACAAGAUGGUUUAGCUCAUGAGUUAGCGGAAGUUUUUAUAAUUAUAGUUCAGUUUCUGCACCAAGUAAAGGCGUAAGAUGAACUGUCCGUCCAACUGGUUUGGUUUAAAUUCAACCGUCCAUUUAUCCAGAGAAGAUUCGCUAAUCAUGUUAAGACAUGUAGAAAAAAUACUUCAUAGAGCCGAAGUAUUUAAAUACUUUGUGAACGACAAGGAAAGUUUUCUCAAGUUCGUCUCCUUUCAGACUUUUGCGCCGAUAUAAAUGUUGGAGUUGACCUGUUAGCAACUAAAAGGGUUUAAAGGGUCUGUAGUGUUUGCACUUUAAAUAUUAUAUACUGAACGGGUACGGCCAUAAAAUUGCAAAUUGCACUGUUUUAAAAUAUUCUGAUUCUGAUAUAUACGGAAGCCCUGACACCGUGUCCUAACGGGAUGUGAGCAGUCCGACUAUAGCGCCGCAAUGCGUAGCAUCGGACGCUCUCCGUCCACACUAAUCCGUUAAAUUGGCACGUCUGUUCGAGAAUGUAAUCUGUGAAACAGGUGGGAAAAAACUGUUUUGGCAGGCGAGUGUUAUAUUCUUUUUGGCCACAAGAGGCUUAAGUGCUCCACUACCUCAUGUACUAAGUAGGACUAAAAGCAUUCAUGUUUUCUGCCAGGUAAGUUUUAAUUUACAUAACUUGCUAUCAAACAACAUAUGUUCCUUGUUAUGACUGGGAAACCCACGGAUAAAACAGCAGGAAACGGCAAAAACGUGGUCAGGAAAAAA